UCAAAAUGUAAAAACACAAUUGCGUGCGUCUUUCUACUGAAAUUGUGGGCAUUUUGAUUUAAGCUGCAGGUGAUCCUGCUAGAUGUGUGUGUUGUAGCCCAAGAAGAGCUCUUUCAGCCUGCUGGCUGUGCAGAGGGGAACGGGUGAUGUUCCUGACGAGGAGCCCCUGACAACGAGUCAAUUAGACCUGACUGGGAGCUGUGAUGGAUCAGCAGCUACAGCACUUCACACCAGCUGCUCCAGCGCAGUUUACCUCCAGGCGCUGAUUGUGAUCGAUGUGAAUUAAAGAAGCUAUUUGACAAGGGAAGAUGACUUUUCACUCAAACUAUCUCUUCAUUGAGGUUGGGUUUCUACACAAUUGACAGGCAGCAACAAUAGGCUGAACCAGGUUAACUGUUUUGUGUCUCACCUGAAGGAGAUUGAAUAAUAUAUUUGAGGCUGCCCGUAUCCUGCGGUGAUAGUGCUUUGGUUUACAUGUUCUCAGUGUCUGUCCUACUACACCGGACAGGAUCGUUUUGUUUUAGCGUUGCAGCGCCGCCUAGUGUUGAAUAUCGAGCAAAACAUUUCAAAUCUCCUAAUUUCGAGUGGUACGAUAGUACUGGAAAAUGAUUAAAUUGCUAGCUUUUUAAGAAGGCAUAUUAAAACGACAUAUCAAUCUCACAAUUUGAAUAAGUUGCUAUCUUUUUUGUGAAAUAGAAUUCUGUUUUUACGUACAAAACGUUAGGGUAACAGCAAUGGCGGCGUUUAUCCUGUUGUGCCGUAACCCAUCAUGGCGGCUGCCUUCAGGCUUUCUCUCACGUGACGGCUAUUCGCAGGUCUGAUUGGUUAACUCCAACGGGGUCGUGCCCAGCUUCCGCUCGAGGGGAGAAGUCGUCAGAGCGCUCGCUGCGCGGCCAUCUUGUUUCCCAUCGCCGUUAAAAUAAAAUAAAUAAUAGGCAGAGCUGGACUUCAGCGCGAAAUUCUGAAAAAAGCAGCCGGAGCCAGGAUGUCUGCGGAGAGUGGGUUUGGAGCAGCUGGCAGCGACGCCCAGCAGAGCCUCCAGUCCUUCUGGCCGCGGGUGAUGGAGGAGAUCCGGAAUCUUACAGUGAAGGAUUUCCGGGUACAGGAGCUCCCCCUGGCUCGCAUCAAGAAGAUCAUGAAGCUGGAUGAGGAUGUGAAGAUGAUCAGCGCCGAGGCCCCAGUGUUGUUCGCCAAAGCGGCUCAGAUCUUCAUCACGGAGCUGACCCUGCGGGCGUGGAUCCACACCGAGGACAACAAGCGCAGGACACUGCAGAGGAACGACAUUGCGAUGGCCAUCACCAAGUUCGACCAGUUCGACUUCCUGAUUGACAUUGUUCCCCGAGACGAGCUCAAGCCCCCCAAACGGCAGGAGGAAGUCCGCCAGUCGGUGGCGCCGGCGGAGCCCGUGCAGUAUUACUUCACUCUGGCGCAGCAGCCGGGGCCGGUGCAGGUCCAGGGGCAGCAGCAGGGACAGCAGGCCGCGGCCCCGGCCACCACCGCGCUGCAGCCUGGCCAGAUCAUCAUCGCCCAGCCGCAGCAGGGCCAGCUGGUGAAGCCGUUUCCCACCCCUCCCUCUACCCUGCUGUGUUGGGGGGCUGCAGGUGUAGAAGAGGCACUUCUAGCGAGUGCACCUGUGACGAUGCAGGUCGGGGAAGGGCAGCAAGUGCAGAUCGUGCAGGCAGCUGCGCAGGGGCAGACGCAGGCAGCGCAGCCGGCAGCAGGGCAGACCAUGCAAGUCAUGCAGCAGAUCAUCACCAACACUGGGGAGAUACAGCAGAUACCAGUGCAGCUGAACACCGGCCAGCUCCAGUAUAUCCGGCUGGCUCAGCCCGUCUCCGGGACCCAGGUGGUGCAGGGGCAGAUCCAGACUCUAACCACAAACACUCAGCAGAUAUCGCAGACGGAGGUGCAGCAGGGACAGCAGCAGUUCAACCAGUUCACAGACGGCCAGCAGCUCUAUCAGAUCCAGCAGGUGACCAUGCCGGCAGGGCAGGAGCUGGCCCAGCCCAUGUUCAUCCAGUCCACCAGCCAGAGUGCGGACGGCCAGGUCACCACGCAGGUCACUGCGGACUGAGACCCCCAGGGCCCCCCCAGGAACUCGCAAUAACACACUGGUCCAGAAACAGAGCUGCGCCUCUCCCUCCCGCCCCCCCUGUCUUCCGCCCUCCCCGAGCUCUCCGACUUUGGUGAAGUCUGCUGCGUGCGUGUGUCAGUGUGAGUGUGUGUGUGAGAGUGAGAGAGUGCAACUUCUGUGCCAAAGCCCCCUCUGGACACGUUCGCUGAGGGCAGAGAGGAUCCAGCUUUGGGGAGCUAAACAUAUAAAACAUCACAAUUUCAACUUUUGUUUCAUCUGAAAGAUCUUCUUGAGCGCUGGAACUGUCUUUUUUUCCUGUUUUUUUUUUUACAUAAAAACAAUACAGUGAGUGGUACUUGUCCCAGUGUCAUUUGCUGCCUUCAGGAGCAGCUGGUUGUGUUGUAUUAAAGGGAAUACGAAGGGUUUUGAGAACUCGGAAUCCUGUUAAGCUGAAGGUGAAGAGCAAGAUAAGGAGUCCUGUUCUGAAUUUGACCUUAUCCCUCUACGUUUCUCCUGGGCUCAGCCUGCCUGCCUCCCAGCUGUGAUGGGUGUUGUCGUGUGUUGCGUGGUUUAAGUGGCCCAUUUCUCCCUGUAGUUUCUAAGCCCCUUCCAUUCUGCCUGACGUCGCCUGAGACUGGGAGUCGGAGACCAGGGACUCUCCAGGAUGAAGAGAACAACUCGUUUGGGCUUUUUGUAAGCUUAGGUCAUCAAAUCCCAUCCUUGUUCUGACAAAUCCCAGUGCUGGUGCUUGGAUCAGGCAGAGAUUAAUGGACUUGAAACCCCCCCCCCCCACCCUGCUUCGGAGUUAGUGCCAGUAAAUUGAAUUAAAUCUUUAUUUCUGAUUCUUUGCGAAAUGCUGUAGGAAGCUUAGUGUCAUCUUAGUGUCUGUGGCAGUGUUUCUGUUGCAGAUGUGUGUGUGUGUAUAUAUAUAUACCUCUGUUUUCAGUGUCUCUUGAACCUUGUCUUUGGCUGUUGUAAAAAGAGGUUAGUCCUUAGUGUCAAAGACCCUGUCAGACAAUGUAAGGGGCUCUGGGGUUCAGUGGCAGUCCUGAGCUUUACAACCACAGGAGAAGGGUCUUGUUUCAGCUUCUGUUUGGUUUGUAAGCAGCAGUUCUUUGUGGUCCCUGACUGGGUGGUAAACGUUCAUUCUAACAAAUCUUUCAGAAUUAUUGUUAUUGCAACUAUUGCUGUUUAAAAGCAGCAGUAUAAAACAGGGACUCAUGAGAGGCAUCCUAGGAAAACUUCAUGACAUGACGAGGUUGGUAGGAAAAUGUACUGAACUGGAAGCUCUGCAUUUCAAGCGUUCUUUCGUUUUCUUUGUUUUAGCUGAAGAAGCACUAUUUGAUAGCGACCUUUGUAAAAUGUGGACAUAUGUGAAACCUGAUGCUGGCAAAAAAAAAGAGGAAUUGGAAAUUGUAUCUGUGGCCCUGCUGGGAACCUUUGUGAUGUUUGUGAUCUGGUGAUGUGCUGUGACGUCUGCGUGCAGGACUGGGAGAGGGCUGGCAAUGCGUGCCAACCCCUGUGCCCUACGGGGUGUCCAGGGCUGUGCCGGGGCUCCUGGUGGGCAGUGCGUCUGGGCUGUGAAGUAGUGUGUGCGUGUGUGAGGAAGACGGGGAAGUGGAGUUCAAGGGUUGCCUGUAGAGAAGAAAGUCUCCACGCUUUUAUUGUCGCUGUUGAAUGUUCUGUAAAUAGUCGCCCCCCCCUUCUCUGCCUGUCUGGACCAGUCUCUGAUCAGGAAACUGCCUCCCCUUCUUCCUCUCGAAUCUGUUUUAUAGCAGAAAUGGUCAGUCCUGGCGCUCAGGGCCACUGGUCUCCUGUUCGUUCUCCCACACCUGGGCCUUUAAUUACUAUACUGUAAUUAGUAAUUACAGGCACAUCCUUUUAAAGUGUGGGUGUCCCUUCCCUUGGCCAGGGGCGUGGACUUCAGUAUUAAAUGUGGGCGACUUGUGUUCUUCACAAGGGUGCUGACCUCCGUCAGCUCGACCCCUGAAGGGAGGGGUUAAAGGGAAGCUCCGCCCGAGGUGUGACGGCGAGGCCCCGCCCCCCUGUCCGUCUCUGUGGGCCAGAACAGCCGCCGGGCUGUGGCUCCCAGCACCAGGGCUCGCCAGCACUGUAAUAUAGCGCCACUCUUUGUAAUAGUCAUGUAGAUUUUGGUAUUUUGGAUAUAUACAGUAUAUUUUCCAUUUAUUCUCCCUCUUUUUGUACUUUUAGUGUUGUUUUCGCAUGUAGUUAAAGCUGCCAGCAUGAAAAGCAACAGACAUUUAUAAAUAUUUUUUUCUGUCUAUUAAGUGUUGUGCUUUUUUUUUUUUUUUUUUACUUUUGGUUUGGGAGAAAAUAAAAGAAGGAAACAAUGAGA